UCCUCUCGGUCCCAUAUUGAACUCGAGUUGGAAGAGGCGAGUCUGGUCUCAAAAUGGAGGUAAAACCACCGCCCAGUCGCCCCCAGCCCGACUCCGGCCGUCGCCGCCGCCGCCGGGGGGAGGAGGGCCAUGAUCCAAAGGAACCAGAGCAGUUGAGAAAACUGUUUAUUGGUGGUUUGAGCUUUGAAACUACAGAUGAUAGUUUAAGAGAACAUUUUGAAAAAUGGGGUACACUUACAGAUUGUGUGGUGAUGAGAGACCCCCAAACAAAACGUUCCAGGGGUUUUGGUUUUGUGACUUACUCUUGUGUUGAAGAGGUGGAUGCAGCAAUGUGUGCCCGACCACACAAGAUUGAUGGGCGUGUAGUGGAACCAAAGAGAGCUGUUUCUAGAGAGGAUUCUGUAAAGCCUGGUGCCCAUCUAACAGUGAAGAAAAUUUUUGUUGGUGGUAUUAAAGAAGAUACAGAAGAGUAUAAUUUGAGAGACUACUUUGAAAAGUAUGGCAAGAUUGAAACCAUAGAAGUUAUGGAAGACAGGCAGAGUGGAAAAAAGAGAGGAUUUGCUUUUGUAACUUUUGAUGAUCAUGAUACAGUUGAUAAAAUUGUUGUUCAAAAAUACCACACUAUUAAUGGGCAUAAUUGUGAAGUGAAAAAGGCCCUUUCUAAACAAGAAAUGCAGUCUGCUGGAUCACAAAGAGGUCGUGGAGGUGGAUCUGGCAACUUCAUGGGUCGUGAAGGGAACUUUGGAGGUGGUGGUAACUUUGGCCGUGGUGGAAACUUUGGUGGAAGAGGAGGCUACGGUGGUGGUAGUGGUGGCAGCAGAGGUAGUUAUGGAGGAGGUGAUGGUGGAUAUAAUGGAUUUGGAGGUGAUGGUGGCAACUAUGGUGGUGGUCCUGGUUACAGUAGUAGAGGAGGCUCUGGUGGUGGUGGACCAGGAUAUGGAAACCAAGGAGGUGGAUAUGGAGGUGGUGGUGGAGGAUAUGAUGGUUACAAUGAAGGAGGAAAUUUUGGAGGUGGUAACUAUGGUGGUGGUGGGAACUAUAAUGAUUUUGGAAAUUAUAGUGGACAACAGCAAUCAAAUUAUGGACCCAUGAAGGGGGGCAGUUUUAGUGGAAGAAGCUCAGGCAGUCCCUAUGGUGGUGGUUAUGGCUCUGGUGGUGGAAGUGGUGGAUAUGGUAGCAGAAGGUUCUAAAAAAUUUUCAGAAGAAAAGGGCUACAGUUCUUAGCAGGAGAGAGAGCGAGGAGUUGUUAGGAAAGCUGCAGGUUACUUUGAGAUAGUCGUCCCAAAUGCAUUAGAGGAACUGUAAAAAUCUGCCACAGAAGGAACGAUGAUCCAUAGUCAGAAAAGUUACUGCAGCUUAAACAGGAAACCCUUCUUGUUCAGGACUGUCAUAGCCACAGUUUGCAAAAAGUGCAGCUAUUGAUUAAUGCAAUGUAGUGUCAAUUAGAUGUACAUUCCUGAAGUCUUUUAUCUGUUGUAGCUUUGUUUUUUUCUUUUUCUUUUCAUUACAUCAGGUAUAUUGCCCUGUAAAUUGUGGUAGUGGUACCAGGAAUAAAAAAUUAAGGAAUUUUUAACUUUUCAAAAAAAAAAAAAAGAA